UCAUCAGCAUCAGUUCGCAGAGGACAUUCAUGUUGAUCGGUUGGUUCGGUUUGCCGUGUGCAUCGCUCUCGGUUCGGAAAAGUCGCACUUCGUUGGGGAGAUUUUUUUUUCUCGGUUGUGGGAAGAGCUUCGCGAAGAGUGUUUUCCCCCUUUUCGGUUGAUCUGUGCGUGAUGUGAUUGAAGAGAAAUUUUAAGAAGAAAACAGAAAAAAAACCAAACAAGAUUGUGCAAUAUUGUUGUGGGUGGGAGUUUUUUUCGGUGGUUUUGGCCUUACUGGUUAAAGGGGGUGAUAUCGGUGCAAAUAUUCUUGCCGAUGAAAGCUGCUGUCUUGAGUAUAGACGAACGAAGUGAUAUGUGAUCUGAUGUGAAAUGUUAUGAUUGAAUUUUAAUUUUGCUUGGUACUACAUAAUUUUGUUCGAAAAACAAAAGUGUAAUAAAAAAGUUGAUGGAAAUUAGUUAUUGUAAUUGAAGGAACGUGUUUCGGGACACCAAUUAAACAUUUGAACAGCUGAUUACAAGUAUAAUUCGGCAGCACAGGACCGUCCGUUCCUCCUUGUUCGUCGGAUUUGGUGAGUGCAUAGAUUGACGAUUUGGCGUUUUGGACUCCAUCCGCCCCACCAUCUUCACCUGGCUGCGGCUGGUGGCGACCCCUGGCAAGUUGUUGUUGAUGUGCCAAAAUCCCCGCAGCACUACAACCCUCAGUGUUACGGAGAGUGGCCGAAAAAAUAUUUGCCCUUGUGCGAAGAAAAUAGUCAAACAGACAGAAUCAAAUUUACAAACGAAAGUGAAUAGCCGGGGACUGGAACGCGGCGGUGUUGUGAAGUGCAAGUGCAAGUGUGCUCAUCGGGAAAGUGUCGGUUUGAAGCAAUCGAACUCGACGAUCGUUACAACGUUUUCGGGUUCACGGGAUUGGGGCCAAUUUGGCACGCUAGUAGUGCAGUGAAAAUGUCAUCGUCACCAAUGCUGACCAGCUACACUCUACGUCUUCGAAGUGAUACCAGCCCGGUAACGGCAACCGCCACUUUUACGCCCAGUGAUAGCUGUAGUGGCGCGUUCAAAAAGCUCAACCUGAACGAUAACUCCUCGGCCAGUACAAAUUCGGGCGAGUCCACCGAUCCUUUGGAGUCCGAUUUCAGCGGGGCGGAAGAGGAGGAGGAGGAGGACGAUCUGGAGGAUAGCAGGAGGUUCAGGGUAAUUCAACCGGAAGAAGACGAAGAGGAGGACGAGGAAGAGGAAGAAGAUAGUCGUGUGGUGGUAGACGAGGACGAAGAGGACGCUGACGACGACCAGGAACAAAGCAAAAGUGAGAAGCAAAAUGCUCGGAACAGAAAGUCUUCUUCUGAUGAUGAUACUCGGAACAGCAGCGAUAGUGAUGAUAAUUCUGACAGUGUAUCUGAUAAGAAUAAUAAUAUCAGCGGAGUUCGCAGCAAACAAUCGAAGGACUCUGAUUUGGAUGAUUUCCAGAUACUGAAGACGAUCGGAACUGGCACCUUCGGCAGGGUAUGUCUCUGCAGGGACAAAGUCAUCGGGAGGUACUGGGCGAUGAAGAUUCUCGCGAUGGCGGAUGUGAUCCGGCUGAAGCAGAUCGAACACGUUAAGAACGAGAAGAACAUUCUGCGGGAGAUUGACCAUCCCUUCAUCGUAAACAUGAGGUGGCACACCAAGGACGACUGCUGUCUGUACAUGCUCUUCGAAUACGUCAGCGGAGGCGAACUGUUCUCCUAUCUCCGAAACGCGGGCCGUUUCGAUAACACGACGGCAAAUUUUUACGCGUGCGAAAUAGUACUCGCCCUGGAGUAUCUUCACGCCCUCUCGAUCGUCUAUCGGGACCUAAAGCCGGAAAACCUGCUGCUAGAUCGUGAUGGACAUCUGAAAAUCACCGAUUUUGGUUUUGCCAAGAAGCUAAAGGAUCGCACCUGGACACUCUGCGGAACUCCGGAAUACCUGGCGCCAGAAAUCAUCCAAUCCAAGGGACACAAUCGGGCGGUUGAUUGGUGGGCAUUAGGCGUUCUUAUCUACGAGAUGGUUGUCGGUUAUCCCCCGUUCUACGAUGAUAAUCCGUUUGGAAUUUACGAGAAAAUUCUCAGCGGCAAAAUAGAAUGGUCGCGACAUAUCGAGCCCACCGCAAAGGAUUUGGUUAAGAAGCUGCUGGUGCAGGACCGAACGAAGCGGUUGGGAAACAUGAAGAACGGAGCUGACGAUGUGAAGAGGCACCGAUGGUUCAAGAACCUCGACUGGGAUGUGGUGAUAAAAAGGCAGCUCAAGCCCCCGAUUGUGCCGAAAUAUGUGAACGAAGGCGAUACCAGCAACUUUGAUGACUACCCCGAGACAGACUGGAAGUCGGCUCGGUCCCUGGACAAGGUUGAGCUGCAGCUGUUCGAGGAUUUCUAGACCUCUGCCAGCCAACGGAGAAGACACAAGAAGGUCGGUCAACGGGAGCGAUACAAAAUGGUUAUAGCCGACCUUUUGAUUCCGGAAAGUGUACCACUAGUUUCUAUAUGUAAGGAUAAAUUAAUGCAUACAAUGUAUACUAGACAUGUGAGGUUUCUGAUAGUGUAGGAAUCCCAAGUUUUUCGGUUUGUUUGUUUUGUAUACAAGGGAAAAAAUGGAAGAAAACUUGAAGACACAAUCACACGACAUAGACUUGAGUAAUUUGGAAAACAAAGAUAAAAGUGUUCCCGUUCCAACGUUUACAACGAUGGAACCGAACUCAUUGCUGUAUAUAGUCAUUGAAAAAUUACCUGGUCAAAAUAGGACGUAAACACUGAAAAUUCCCAGUUUGUUUUGUAGUGUAAUUGUUAGAUUGUCAUAGAAGAAAAUCAAUGUAACUGAAAAUGAACUAAAAGUGUCCGAUUAUUGAAAUAUGUGGAGUACAUUGCACUCUAAUUCGGAAUUUUAGACUUGAUUAUUCGAAUAAUCUUUUUACGUUAAUGAUGAAACAAACCUUUAGAAUAUUCUUCAACCAGAUGAAUAAUCCUACUAAAUUUAAGUUAUAUAAACAAACACAUUCACUGUGAUAGAGAAGGAAGAAUAAAAUUUGUUCAGCAAUUGCAACAUUUAGCUUGAAUGUUUGAUGGCGAGCACCAAGCAUAAAACAGAGAAAGCAACUAAACGUAUAAUCAAAGCAAUCGUAUGAUUUUGGAAGCCCUUAGAAUUUUCUAACCCACAAAAAAGGGAGGAAGUUACCGUCAAUUGGAAGCAUCAAGACGAUCGCGUUAAUAGUGAAUGCACCGCGAGCUAAAGAGGAAUAUUUUUCUUUGUUUUUAUUAGCUUAUAUAUUUGAAUUGAAUACUGUUAUUAUUUUUGCUAAUAGUUUAUUUAUGAGGUAUUUAAUUGAAACUAUUGUAUUGUUAAUCGUUGAAUCUUAUUUUGAUAAAUGACCGGAAACUAAGCAAAUAACUGGAGCAGUAGUUGUGUGGUAGAUUUUGGAGAAUAAACUGAUGAAAAGCAUAAA